AUGAAUAAUAUGUUUCCACCGAUUAAUCCUCAUUCGAGGCCUCCAUCAGAAGAUUUACGUGGUGUUAGCACGAAUGGCCCAACAGAAAUUCAUUCGGCUUCGAAACAACAACAAAUUCGACGUCAACAACAAACAAUAGAUCAACCACGACGAAGUCCAUUGAGAAGUAAUUCGUUAUUACCAACAACAGCGAGUAGAUAUGUAACAGCGGCAGCAGCAGCUGCUGCUGCUGUUCCAUCGCCUUCUGUAUCGGUUUCACCUCUUGUACGUUCACCAUCAUUUGUGCAAACUGGUACUUCAGCACAAUUUGAACCUGCAAAAAUCAUAUAUAGAUCAAAUGAUUAUGCAUGGAAUGAUCAUCCAAGUAAUACAAAUGUUUCUAAUCAAGCAUUACGUGGUGGUAGUCCAAUAAAAAAUAAAAUAACAACAUCAGCUCGACAUUUAACUAAUGGAACAUUACAUGAAAGUACAGCAGCUACAACUGGAAAUUCUGUGCUUCAUAUUCCAUCAGCAUCAACUCCACAACAAAAUUUACGAGAUGAUAUAAAUAAUGGUGAUUUACUUUUAUCAUCAACAGCUAAAUCUCGUCCUACAACAAGAUUUCAACGUACAAAUAGUCAUUUAGAUAAAUCACCAGGUACAGCAGGUUAUGGUUUACCAAUGCGAAGUGAAAGUUAUCGUUCAUCACGUCUUGAUUAUGGUCUACGAACACGAAAUACAUCAUCAAAACAACGAAAUUAUGUUACUUCUAAAACAUCAUUUCAUGAAGUUAAUAAUGGAGAAUUUUAUUUAACAAAUGCACAAGAUGAAAAUAUUUAUUAUCAUCAACAACAACAACAAAUGAAUUUACUUAGUAGUACACAACGUUUAAAUGGUUCAACACUUGAUUUAACAGCUAGUCGAAAACCAUUAUCACCAAAUCGUUCAAAUACAUUUAAUGUUCCAGCUAAUGGAACAGGUCAACUUGCUUAUUUUAGUUCAUCACAAGAACUUCAUCGUAGUGAAACAAAUAUUGAUAGAAAUAAUAUAGGACGUUUUACUGGACGUGGUACAACAUCGAAAGAACAAAUUGUAUCUACACCAAAAUAUCGUCAAACAUCAACUGCACAAACAACAUCAAUUGUUACAUCAAAUACACCAGGUGAAAGACAUCCAUCAGCACAAUCAUAUAAAUCUCGUGAUCCAAAUAUAUCAUAUGCCUAUUCAGAUGUAAAAAAAUAUAUUGAAGAAAAUGAUUUAAUGUCACCCGAAAAAGAACAAAUUAUACGAAACUGGAUUAUUGAUGUUGAAAAACAUCGACAUCAUUUACAAAAAAUUGAUUAA